AUGUCAUGGCUGGACACAACCCCAACUGGCCGCACGGUGAACCGCUUCUCCCAAGACCAGCAGAAGUUGGAUUUAGAGAUGCAGGGGACCAUCUCGGCGUUCGCAGAUAACAUUGUGACGCUCUCGAUUAGCCUCAUCGUCAUCAGCAUCUACGUGCCUGUGCUGCUGCUGCUGGCGCUGCCUCUGCUUUAUUAUUACAACGCGAUUCAGAAGAAGUUCAGGCUCACUGCGCGAGAGCUGCAGCGCCUGGCAAGCGUCAACAAGAGUCCUAUAUUUCAGGGGCUCGACCAGGCAAUUGCAGGUAUCAGCUCCCUGCGGGCGUAUGAGAUACAGGAGCCUCUGGCCCAGGAGAACGCACACAAAGUGGAGACGGCCGUCAGGAUGAUAUUCAACAUCAUGUGCUGCAACAGGUGGCUCUCCAUCCGUCUGCGCACCCUCGGCACUGCCCCAGUGGCACUGGUGACCCUGCUCCUGCUGCUGUCCCUGGGCAUGGCCGUGCAGGGCGGCGCCGUGGGCCUCGUCUUGAGGUACUCGCUGCAGCUGACCACCAACAUGGAGGGGCUGCUCCAGUCGCUGACGAACACGGAGCUGUGCCUGGUCGCCCUGGAGCGCCUGAGCACCCUCUCCGAGGUGAGCCCGGAGCCCGUGCUGCUGCAGGACGGCGACGAGGCGAGGCACGAGAGCUGGCCCGGGAGCGGGCAGGUGCGGUUCGAGAGCGUGACCAUGCGCUACCGGGAGGACCUGCCGACGGUGCUGAACAGCAUAUCCUUCACCGUGCCGGGGGGCACCAGCGUGGGCGUCGUCGGCCGCACGGGCGCAGGGAAGAGCUCGCUGCUGCAGGCCCUGUUCCGCAUGUGCCCCCUCGACGCGGGGAGGAUCACGAUCGACGGCGCCGACAUCUCGGACAUGGGGCUGCACACCCUCCGGCGGCGGCUGGCGAUCAUCCCGCAGGACCCGGUGGGCUUCACGGGCACGCUCCGCUUCAACAUGGACCCCUUCGGGGAACGAAGCGACGACGAGAUCAUGGAGCAGCUGAGGAACGUGCAGCUGACCGACUUCGCCUCCGAGGAGGGCCUCCGGCACCACCUCACAUCUGGCGGCGACAACCUCUCCGUGGGCCAGCGGCAGCUUGUCUGCGCCGCGCGCGCAUUCCUGCGGGGCUGCCGCAUCCUGGUGCUGGACGAGGCGACGGCGAGCGUGGACUUCCGGACGGACGCCCUGAUCCAGGACGUGCUGCGGAACGAGGUCCCUGCAGCGGCCUUGGCGGCCGAUCCCUCGACCAGGUUCCACGACCUGGCCUGCGGCCACUGA